AUGGACGCAGGUUCCAGACGGAGGAGAAAACCACCGAAAUCCCCCUUGGUCACUACUACGUUUGUUUCUAAUCUACCGCUGAAUGCUAACAAAGGCGAGCUAUGGAGAUUAUUUGGGAACUUUGGUGAAUUGUCGGAUGUAUACAUCGCCCAAAAGAAAGAUGCCAACAGGAGAAACUUUGCUUUCAUUCGAUUUAAGAAUGUGAGAAAUUGGAGGAUUCUUGAAGCGGCCCUUCUGAACUUAUCAUUUGCAAGCAAAAAUCUGCAGGUGAACGUCGCAAAAUUUGAGCGGAAGCAAAAAAAGAGAGUACAAGAUUUUCAAUAUAGAAGAGAACCGAUAAAUACCAAGGCCACUGCAGGUAUAAUGAAUUGA